CAUAUAUAAAAGAUGGCUGAAAAACGAGUAGGAAAUAUAUCAAAUGGACAAAGAAAAAUUCUUAUUGAAUUUCUGAAUAAUCAUCCGGAAUUAGUGUCGGCAAAAUUUACAUCAACAUUUUCAUAUAAAGAUGCUCAAAAACUAUGGUGUGAAAUUACUAAUAUAUUAAAUGCCCUUCCUGGAGCUAAAAAGACUUGGGAGCAAUGGCGAAAGACUUGGCAUGACAUGAAAAACAAAGUAAAAGGAAAGAAAGCAGAUAUCAAUCGAAGUUUAAAAAAAACUGGAGGAGGUCCACCAUCAGAAAUAAACAUGACAAUGAUAGACAACGAUGUAGCUAAUUUGAUUGGACCUACUACUAUAUACGGUGAUGCUACAGUUGACGAAUCUAUUGCUGAAUUUAAUUUUGAAAACACUGAAAAUACCGAAAUUGAAAAUACAUUGGGUUUUAAAGAGAACAAUUCAGAUAUAUCAACUGCAUCAAUAAAUAAUAAUAUAUUAAAGGAUAUUACGUAUAAAAGAAAUGUUGACUUAAAUACAAAAAAAUGUGUUCAAGUAAAGUCAUCAAUUAAUUGCAACAAAGAGCUAUUAAUAUCUAAAUCACAAUCAGUGGAAAAAUGUUCCAAUUCGUAUAAAAAUUAUGAGAAUAACUUUAACCAGGAAUGUUUUAAAAAAAAAAUAUGA